AGAAAGCGAGAAAGGAGAGGAAGCAAGAGAAAGAAACGCAAGGAGGGAAAGCGAGCCAGAGAAAAAGACAGAGAAAGCGAGAGAGGCAGAGACAGCGAGAGAGACAGAAAAAGCAGGAGGCAGAGCAAGGGAGCAGAAGAGACCGGGAGAAUAAGAUAA